AUGGCUUCACGAUUCCCGCCACGGGAUCGCUCACCACCACCGCCUAGAUAUGGGGAUAGGGGCCCUCCGCCGCCUCAUGGACCGUCACAUAUACCCUCAGGGCCCAGGGGGAACGAAGACGCUAACUCUACGCCGCUGGGGCGGGAUCCUCCCCGCGGCCCCAAGGCCCUGAUCGACUCUUCGCGGGGCGGUCAUUUUCUUCCAUCCGGCCCCAGGGGGAGAGGAUUCCCGGGCCGUAACGACUUUAGAGAUAGGGAUAGGGAUCGAGGAGAUCCGCGGGACCUGAGAGAUGGCCCGCCGCCUCGACGGGGAGAUGGAGGAGAUCGGGAUUGGCCGCGUAGGGACCGGGGCUUUGACUCGCGAGAUGGCCACGGUCGUAUGGGGUUUGGUCGAGGACGGUCACGGUCACCUCCCAUGAGAGACUUUAGAGAUUCGAGGGAUAACGGGCCCAGAGAGCUGGAUAUACCGCGUCUACGAAGGAAUUCUAGAGAUGGACCGAUCACACUUAACACCGCGCUGUCAGACAUUCCACCCAUGCGCGGGGGAUCCAUGCGAGGUCGUGGGCGUGGAGACCGAGAUAGGGGAAGAGGUAGAGGCAUGCCACUGGAUGAAAGAGACUUGUUCAGAGGCCGGAGCCGGUCUCGUGAUGGCUGGAGGGAAUCUCGGAUAGAUCGCGACAGAGAACGAAACCGUGACCCGCGCGACCGAGAUCGAGACAGAGAGCGUAUGAUCGACCGAGAUGUCGAUAGGAGAGACCGGUUCGAUCGACGUGAUGACGAUAGAUGGUCACAGCGUGACGAUAGGGACCGGUUCGAGCGUGCUGAACCAUGGAAAAAGGACCGGCCACUAGCGCGGAUCGAUACCAAGACACCCACGGUUCAGUCGGGCAAUCCGUCAUCGGCAGUAUCACAGACGCCUACUCUACUAUCUCUCGGUGCUUCCGGUGCUGGUGUUGAAGAAGAGGCUGCUGCUCCUCGGAAAGCGAGUAGUACGUCUUCCACACCCAGAGAGUCAAGGAGGCCAUCAGAGAAGAUAGAGCAUGUUACCCCUAUCCGUACGCCUACGCAUGUACAAUCUACGCCUGUUCAGCCGGAUCUUCCCUCUGAACGGCCUACGCCACAGUUCUCGCCUUCCCCUGCUGCUCCCGAGGUACCUGCAUUUGGCUCACUCUCUGGUGCUAGCGCUGCGUCUACGGAAGUGCCUGCCAAUGAGCCUCUGAGGAAGCUAACUCAAACAUCCGCCUCACAACAGCCAGAUGUACCAAAGGAGCGCCCUGAUCUAUUUCCUUCCACUCCAAUUAAGCCCCCUACCGCUCCGAGGGCUGAUAGGAUAGACGCCCAACAACGUUCAGACCGGAGUAAAACUGAUGUCUCCCUUCGCUCAAGUCGACCACCAACGGCAUCGCCAGUAGUUCAGCCUAGUUACAUGCUUGAUCACAGCCAUCCCGUCCCCUCGCUCGACCGCAUCACUACCCAAGAGUCGGUUCCUCAGCCAGGUAAACCCAGGGAUGUCCGCGCUCUCUCCACCACGGAGCAGGAACCAGAUCUCUUUGCAUCAUCGACUGCCGGCUUCACAGGACCCAGCCAUACCGGAUCAUCUACUCGUGCGUCGUCUCUCCCUACUCAACCGCAGCCAACACAACACAAGUCACCGCCACCACCUCAAUCGCUUACUUCACUGUCUCCAAAUAUCCAACCUGCCUCCAUCCCUACUGGCCCAAGGGCGCAACAACAACGCCCAAGUGGCCAGCGACCGGGAACCAAGGGUAGUAAUCAGUGGGUUAGACCAGGAUAUGUGAAUCGAAGGCUAUCGGCCACCAAUUCACCACCGAGUAAGAGGGAGCUUUGGGAUGAGGGGAACAGGAGACUUACACUUGAAAGCCCGUUUGCGCCUGAGGAAGUGCAUAACGGUAGUGGCAAUGUGGAAGAAGAAGUGAAACUUCCCAUUACACCAGCAAACGGAGAAGAGAAGGAGGAGGAGAAAGAAAAGGACGUUGCUAAACCAUCGAGCAAACUGAUACAGGAUCGUGAGGAAGUGGACGAAAAUGAACGCGAGCCCUCACCAUCCGAGGAACCAGACAAGCGGACUCGGGAUGCCGAUAACGAUACGACGAUGCUUGACGCUCCAGAAGUCCAGGAAACCAAAGAAACACCUAAAACGCAGGAAGAACCAGAGGAGCAAAUCCCCAUUCUCUUUGAUGAAUCCAGUGACCAACAAUCCGACGAUGAUGCCCUUGACGAAGAAGACUUCAAUCAAUCAGAAAUACGUUUCGAGAAGGAAAUGCAGGUUCUCAAGUCGGAAAUCCCGCCUCCCAUACUUCAAGACCCGGUUGUUGUCGACCUGCUUCUUAGGGUUCAGAUGCUGGCGAUGAUCGCUGAUGGUGCUGCGCCAGCGUACCUUGAUCAGCCCGGUGCAGCUAUUGAAGUUGAAAGUGCCGAUAAGCCGACUGCCAUCAUCCCGCUAUCGGGCAAGGAAGCUGAGGAGAUUGAGCUCGCCGAAGAAUCUCGACAUGUAGCGACCUCCAACGGCACGGCGGUGGCUAUUCCAGCCAUUGAACCAAAGGCGGUUGAUUCGUUGCCGUUCUUACCGUCUGGGCCUCCUACUCCGUUUUCAGACAUGGAGACUCUGCAGGAGAAUUUCAAGCUUCAUGAUCGCAUCAAGGACUCGUUGUUGGAGGAUAUUAUCAAGCAGCGGAGUGAGAUUGCCAAACAGCAUGCUAGCCUUCGCGAACAGUAUGCACGGCACUACAAAACGUGGAGGUUGAAGGUCCGUGAGAUGGAUAGGAAGAAAGAACAGGAAAGAAAGGCAGACUCACGAUCAUCGUCGACCCCUCCUCCUCCACUGGCGGUUACUACGACCGUCCCUAUAAUCGAAGGAAGACGCGGCUACAAGCUGAAUAGCGAGCUCGACUUCCAGCUUGCCCUUAAGGCAUCGGCAAUCACUGCGCAAGAGGAAUCGGAACGUCGUCGCGACCAAGAAGCUACCGUAAACCCAGACAUGACCCGCGAAGCACGUAUUCCAGACAUGCUAGACGAGUAUCAGAAGAAAGCCAGCCUCUUCCAAGAUACAAAUCAAAUCGUUGAUCCCGCGGACGCUUUUACUGUUUUUGCCUUCCACCCUCCGCCCAACGACUUUACGCCCGAAGAGCACAAGGCCUUCACCGACGCUUUCAUGGCCCACCCUAAGAAAUGGGGCAAGAUAGCUGAGCUACUGCCUGGCCGUACGUUCCAACAGUGCGUGAUGCAUUACUAUUCUACCAAGGAAGACAUCAAGUACAAAGCCAAGCUUAAUAAGAAGUGGACACGGAAAGGACGAGCAAGGAAAACAGCAAGGGCUCCCAAAUCCAACGCUCUCAUGGCUGACCUGGGCAUCCGACCUGCCUACGAUGCGGACGAUACCGAGACACCAGUGGUUACGGAUACGGGUCGGCCGAGACGUGCGGCUGCGCCAACGUUCGGUGACUCUAACGCUGAUACAGAGAGCAACACGCCAACCCCAGCGUCUGGGAAGCGCGGAGCUGGAAAAGAUUCUAGCGAUCAACCUUCCGAGAGGGGUCCCGGUAGAAGGCCAGGACGUGGCGGGGGUGGCGGCCGUGGUGGUCGGAGAGGAAGAGGAGGCGGUCAACAAGGCGGUGCGAGAGCCGAAACUGGGACGUCUACCACUACUACUACCGCUGCUGCUGCUUCGUGCGCAAAUACCGUCCCCGCCGUCGCUCCCCUGCCGAAGCCGGAGACGGAAGGCCAAGUUGAGAGCGUCAUGGACGCGAUGGUGAAGACCAAGGACGAGAUGGAGAGGCCGCCUGAAGAGGCCGCGGUACGCACGAAGCCUGUCAGAGGGGUGCGGAACAAGGAACAGCAGCAGCUGCAGCAGCUGCAGCAAGGCCAGGAGGCUGCGGAUGCAGAUGCGAAAGGGUUGGGAGAGGGUGGAUAUGGCUCACUGCAGCCUACCAGUUAUUGGUCUGUACCUGAGCAGAGGGAUUUCCCAGAGCUAGUAGCGCAUUUUGGGAAAGAUUUCGACGCUAUCUCGCAAUUCAUGAAGACAAAGACGCCUACGAUGGUCAAAAACUACUUCCAGCGCCGUGUUGAUUCCGGAAAAACAGAGCUAGAAGAAGCUGCAUUGAUUGCAGAAGCCAAGAAAAUUCGCGGCGAACCUACUGGACCCCUCCCGAUUCCAAGUGUUAGCUCGAAACGACGGUAUGAAGCUACGCCUUCGUCGGUUGCGCCACGAGCUUUGGCGCCCAAUAUGGACAACGCGGACGUGAUGGACAGGACGCUAGCGCCCAAGGGCAAGCCGUCUGGUAUCAAUAUGCCACCUGCACCGGCUGUGCUACAACCACGUCAGGGUAUGGAGAAAGAACGGUCCCAACCAAAACUAUACCCCCUGGUCCAGGCUCCUGCAAGUCAGCCCAACCUCGCUACCACCAGUGAUGAGCUCCACCAACGCUCCGUCAGCACCUCACAAUUGCCUCCGUCCCAUCGAAACCAGCAGGGUCCUCGGAUGGGAUAUUUCACUGAUGAAUGGAGAGACGGCCGUCCUUCUGGAUCUCAUGUUAAUAUCGCUGCCCACAUGCAAGAGCAAGACGUGAAGCCAAUGCCGCAUUCGUUGUCUGGCCAAGCACCACCCGGUAUGCCACUACAGACGCUACAGCGACAAAACCCAAACGCUGUGCCCCAGAUCCAAGACCUAGGCGAGAUCCCACGCUACGCUCCGCUCUCGCAGCCACCCACAUUCCCCCAAGGUUCAUACCUGCAGCCGCCGGGCAGCGUACGCAAUACUUCGGCGUCGAGGUCACACUCUCGUCGCUCAAGCCGCACGAUCCCCUCCUCUGCCGCUACCUCUCCCGCUCAAAGGCAUAUUAAGCUCGACACUGAUCCAGCCGGUAUUGCCGCCAUGGAACGGCCCGCACCAAUGGGGCCAUCGGGGUACCUGCCGCCAGGCCAUCCAGCGUCUGUAGGACGACAAGGUCCAACUCUUACCCCGCCUACAGACCAUGGUCGACCGAGGAUAGCUACCGCAUCAGCCGCACCAGAGCCCCCACGUCACGUUCCUGCGAAACGUUCUAAUAUCAUGAAUAUCCUUAACGAUGAGCCAGAAGAGCCUCAGCCGCGAAAACGCUUCGCAAGUGAGCAGACGACGCCGUCGGUAGCUGCUGCCGGCUCAUCCUGA